AUGACAGUUAAGAACUGUUUUUUUCACUUGCGGAACCGAUCCUCGCAACAACCUUCCCCGCAAUCCACCAGCAAUCUGUGCAAGAAGCCCAGUGCGGAUCUGCGCUCCGACCCAGAAAUUGCCGACAAGACCACCGACUGCCUCGGACUUGGGAUUUCACCGGAGGUCGAUCCGACGGUGCGGAUUUGCGCCGGCUGUGCCGAACGCGUCAACGCACAGCACGCCUUCCGGACGCGAUACCUGCACUACAACAGUUACGUCGAGAACGGGCUGGAGGACAAGGAAGACGAGGACGUGUGCCGGUUCUGCUUGAAGGCGGAUGGCGGGGUGGCGUUGGUCGAGUUGUUUCCGGGCGGCGGCGGGAGCGUGGCGGAUGAGGUGCAAACGGUGCGGGAUUGUUUAGGGGUUGAGAUCAACAGCUGGGAUAAGUUGACGAAGAUUUGCGGAGAUUGUGUGGGCGGUGUUGAAGAGUUGGCUGAAUUUCGGGCGGAAUUUUCGUCAACAGCCGUGGACGUGACGGAUUCGUCGGAUUCGUACAGCAUUGGCAGUGAGAAUGGGGAAGGGGGUGAGGGUUUUGAGUCGGACAGUUCGACGGCGGAUAACGGGGAGAAGCGUGAGGAAAAGCGGAAGGUCACGGCACGGUCGCUGCCGUGGAUUGGAAGUGACCACGAGGUUACGAAGAUUAAAAGUCUAAAUAUUUGAAUGAAGCGGAUGAUGGAGUUCAAGCGAAGGUGAAGGCCAAUAAUGUGGAUUUACAAAAUCCUCCAGCAGAAGGGUCCCACGCGCAUCUUUAAGGUGCUUCUGCACAUGGUCAGACAAAUGACAAAUUCGGCAAAUAAAAACCGUACCCUAUGA